UAAAAUAUUCUAAAAAAUCUGUCCUCGUGAGCCUUCACACACGCACCACAGGAUCUUACACGGGAAGUUUACCUCGCGAUAGGAUGUACACGCCGUUGCAAUGACACCGUUCGUCGCGAAACCUGAAAAAUGGACGCAAAGACGAGUCAGUGUAUGAAGUGCGAAGGGGACGUGGUGGUGGACACUGGUCAUUGUCCAAAGUGUUCGAGCUCUUCAAAGUUUCUGAAGAAAUCUGGCCCGUUGGUGACGAACGGCAGACCAGAGUCCGUGAAAGUACCCGUGAAACCCCCGGAAACCGGCUACGUGAUGCAGAUCGUUUCCAUUGGAAUUCGACCGGACAGUGUUUACGAGGCAAGAAUGUUGCUCGCGCCAGAGGCCGACAUGUCCUCUAUCAAGAUCACCGUGAAGGGUAACAACCUCCGCGUGAACGUGUGCAAACCCCUGAACGAGCAACUCGCCAGUCAGUUGCCGGAGAUCACCGAGAAAUCGGUGCUCGGCGAUUUGGUUAAACGGACGAUGAAACACUGCGAGAACUUGCUCAUACCGGAUGACAUAGACGGCGAGAAGGUCAGGGCUGUCGUGGACAACAAGCACCGAAUGCUCAUUCUCACGGCACCCACGAUGAAACCGAGCAAAGUUAGGAAAAAAUUAAUCGCCUGA